UUCAGAUUUUCUCUCUCUUCGCUUUCAUCUCUCGUUGUCAAUAUAAAAAAUACAUAUAUAGAUAUAGAUAUAUACAGAUAGAGGGGGGAUUGGAUAUGGUAUCAUUUCUCUAGGGUUUAUAUAUAUAGGGAGAAACAGGAACACACAGUAGAGUGUGUUGCUGUGUGUGUGUGUGGGGAAAACUGGAAAAGACGGCGAUAAGGAGGAUCGAUUGGGAUUUGGUUCUGGUUUUCUUCUGCGGUUUUCUGCUGUCUUGGCUCGAGAUCCGAGCCAAGAUAACGCUGGAAACUCCGGCUCUCUCUUUUUCCUGAGUUCGCUCUGAGGGUUUGUUUGAUAGGUAAGAAAUGGCAUCUGGUGAGGGAUUUUUGACGGAGGAGCAAAGGGAGAUGCUGAAAAUAGCGACUCAGAAUGCGGAGAUAUUGUCUUCAUCUCUGAAUUCUCCGACUCCCAAGUCUCCAUCCCCGAAAGAGCAUCAUGUAAAGGCUCUGGGUGGUGGCAGGGCUUCUGCGGCUGGUGGGGCUUCGGUUAGGCAUGUGCGGAGAUCGCAUUCCGGAAAGUACAUUCGAGUCAAGAAGGACGGAGGAGGUGGUAAGGGAACCUGGGGAAAGUUACUUGAUACUGAUGGUGAGUUCCGUAUUGAUCGGAAUGAUCCCAACUAUGAUAGUGGGGAGGAACCCUAUGAGCUUGUUGGGUCCGCUGUCUGUGAUCCAUUGGAUGAAUAUAAGAAAGCUGUAGUGUCCCUUAUUGAGGAAUACUUCACCACUGGUGAUGUUGAUGUAGCUGCUUCCGACCUCAGAGAACUACGAUCAAGUGAAUACCAUCCCUACUUUGUCAAAAGACUUGUUUCUAUGGCGAUGGACAGGCAUGACAAGGAGAAAGAAAUGGCUUCAGUUUUGCUUUCAGCUCUUUAUGCUGAUGUUAUCAGCUCAGCCCAGAUUAGUCAGGGUUUUUUCUUGCUGUUGGAGUCUGCUGAUGAUCUUGAAGUUGACAUUCUGGAUGCAGUUGACAUUCUUGCCUUAUUUGUAGCUCGAGCUGUGGUUGAUGACAUUCUCCCUCCAGCAUUCAUCACAAGGGCAGGGAAAACUCUUCCAGAAUCCUCAAAAGGACUUCAAGUCCUGCAAACUGCUGAGAAAAGCUAUCUCUCUGCUCCACAUCAUGCUGAACUUGUAGAGAGGCGGUGGGGUGGUAGCACCCAUCUCACUGUGGAGGAAGUGAAGAAAAAGAUAGCUGACCUUUUGAGGGAAUAUGUUGAGAGUGGAGAUACCUCUGAAGCCUGUAGGUGCAUUAGGCAGUUGGGAGUUUCAUUUUUCCAUCAUGAAGUUGUGAAGAGAGCUUUGGUUCUAGCCAUGGAGAUUCGUACAGCAGAACCACUCAUUAGGAAGUUAUUAAAAGAGGCUGCUGAGGAAGGUUUGAUAAGUUCCAGUCAAAUGGUUAAGGGUUUUGUUCGCCUAGCUGAGAGCCUUGAUGACCUUGCCCUUGAUAUUCCUUCUGCCAAGACAUUGUUCCAGUCUUUGGUGCCUGUGGCAAUAUCUGAAGGAUGGCUUGAUGCAUCUUUCCUGAAAUCCUCAGGUAAAGAUGGGGAGGUGCAGGACAAAGAUGAUGAGAAGUUGAGACGAUACAAAAAAGAGGUGGUUACCAUAAUUCAUGAGUACUUUCUAUCAGAUGAUAUUCCUGAAUUAAUUCGGAGUCUGGAAGAUCUUGCGGCACCUGAGUUUAACCCGAUAUUUUUGAAGAAGCUCAUCACCCUUGCCAUGGAUCGGAAGAACAGAGAAAAGGAGAUGGCCUCCAUAUUACUCUCUACUCUGCAUAUUGAGAUUUUUUCAACUGAAGACAUAGUUAAUGGUUUUGUCUUGCUGUUGGAAUCUGCAGAAGACACAGCGCUGGACAUUUUAGAUGCUUCAAAUGAACUUGCUCUUUUCCUGGCUAGGGCUGUUAUUGAUGAUGUCCUUGCUCCACUGAAUUUGGAAGAGAUAGCCAGCAGGCUGCCACCAAAAUGUAGCGGGACUGAAACUGUCCGUAUGGCUCGAUCACUUGUAGCUGCACGUCAUGGUGGAGAGAGGAUUCUGAGGUGUUGGGGUGGCGGGACUGGCUGGGCUGUGGAAGAUGCCAAGGAUAAGAUACUGAAGCUCCUUGAAGAAUAUGAAAGUGGAGGUGUUGUCAGUGAAGCUUGUCAAUGCAUUCGGGAUCUUGCUAUGCCCUUCUUCAAUCAUGAGGUAGUGAAGAAAGCUCUGGUAAUGGCAAUGGAGAAGAAGAAUGAUAGGAUGCUGGAUUUGCUCCAAGAGGGUUUCAAUGAGGGGCUGAUUACUAUCAAUCAGAUGACCAAAGGGUAUGGAAGGAUCAAGGAUGGACUUGACGAUCUGGCACUCGACAUUCCAAAUGCCAAGGACAAAUUUGGUUUCUAUCUGGAGUAUGCUAAAGAAAGAGGCUGGCUCCUACCAUCCUUUAGUCUAUCUUACCCAGAAGCACCACCAAAUCUGGAUGCAUCUUCUUGAGAAGAAACUUCAGUUUGUUCUCCGUGUAUGUUGUUGCUUAUUGUCUCCUUUUUUGCUUGGUAAUUUCUGUUUCAGCGCAUCAGAAGUGGAUGAUUUUAGAAUUUUCAGAUCCCAUCUGAUGUUUCUUCCCUUCUGUCUCUCUCUCUCUCUCUCUCUCCCGUGCGGCCUCUUCUUAUGUGAUGGAGUUUAUCGAUGUGUAUAAAUUAGGUUCUUGUUUUUCAACAGUAGACUGAUUGUCUGAGAUGGGAAUGUGCUCUGUAUUCCUACCAGUCAAAGACAAUUUUAGCAUUUACUGUUUUGUUCUUUAGACACCUUGGAAGGAUCUUCCCCUUGCGGGCAGUGAACUCAGAUGAACUAGUGACAUUUUAUCUUUAGCUUUUAAGCUGAAUCAAUAUUCAAUACCGUCCAGCUUUUGCUGUUUCCCUUCUGAA